AUGAAACCAUCCGGUCAUAUUGAUAAAGUGAUGCACAGAAUUGGUGGAGAAGAAGUUCUAAAGCAUCGAUUGCGGUUGAAAACAACAAUUAUGGUUGUCAAACAGUUGGCUUUACAAGGAAGUUCUUUUAGAGGGCAUGAUGAAUCUGAUGAUUCUUUGAAUCCGGGGAAUGUUCUAGCUUGGAUUGGUUUUGCAGCGAAGUUGAAUGAUCAAAUCAAUAGUGUAGUUCUUCGUAACGCACCAGGAAAUGCGAAAUACACUUCACCAAGCAUUCAGAAGGAGAUAUUGGGAAUCAUAGCAAAUAGAGUGCGUUGUAAGAUACGCGAGGAGAUUGGAGAUUCUUGUUUCUCUAUUCUUGUUGAUGAAGCAGUUGAUGAAGCAGGAAGGGAACAAAUGUCUAUUAUUUUGAGGUAUGUCAGUUCUUCUGGUAUAGUAACUGAACGCUUUUUCGCUCUCAAGAGUAUAGCUGAUACUUCUGCAGAAACAUUAAAACAAGCUAUUUGUGACGUUCUCUCUCAGUAUGACCUUCAAAUUGAAAAAUUGAGAUGUCAAGGAUAUGAUGGUGCUAGUAAUAUGUCAGGACAGUUUAAUGGAGUCAAGGCAUUAUUUCUUAGAGAUUGCCCAUAUGCCUAUUUUGUCCACUGUUUUGCUCAUAGAUUACAGUUGGCAUUGAUGACUUCUGCAAAGGUAUGUGAUCCUAUAUGGGAUUUCUUUUCCAUAUUGGAUUGUAUCAUAAACGUUGUGAAGGCUUCUCCUAAACGGAUCAGGGAGUUGCAAGCAAUUCACAAAAAAGAUCUUGAUGGUAUGUUGGAUGUUGGAGAAAUUCAAUCUGGACAAGGAGCUAAUCAAAUGACAUCCUUAAAGCGUUCGGGGCCAACUCGUUGGGGAUCUCAUUAUCAUUCCAUAUUGAGCAUUAUAAACAUGUUCAAUGCAACAUGUGUAGUGCUAGAGGAUCUUUGUCGUUCUAAAGAAGGAGAACAACGAGCUCAAGCCAGAGGUGCUUCAAAAAAUAUCAAGACUUUUGAGUUUGUGUUCAAUCUUCACUUGAUGAAAGGGAUUAUGGAUAUCACGGAUUUUCUUUGUCAAGCAUUUCAACAAGAAUCUGUUGAUAUUGUAGCUGCAGUUGGAUUUGUUUCCAUGGCAAAAGUUAAACUUCAAAAGCUACGGGAUGAAGGAUGGGACAAGCUACUCCAAGAGGUAAAAUCUUUUUGCUCAAAACAUGCCAUAGAGGUACCUAAUAUGAAUGCUACACUUGGACGUGGUGAGAAGCAAACAACUCUUGAGCACCGCUACCAUUUUGAAUACUUUAAUCAAUGCAUAGAUUUUCAGUUGGGAACAUUGAAUUCAAGAUUCAAUGAGUCAUCAGUCAGAUUGCUUCAGUUGAGUGGUGCACUAGACCCUAAAAGUUCUUUCCGGUCUUUUGAUGAAGAAAAUAUUUACAGACUUGCUGAAGAGUUUUAUCCUCGAGACUUUGAAGGCAAUGAGAUGAAUUGUUUGAAGAAUGAGCUAGGAUAUUAUGCUGAUCAUGUGGUUCAUAGUCAGGAAUAUGAUGUUUCUUCCCUUGCAAAAUUACUAGAGAAGCUGGUGGAAACAGGGAUGGAGGCACGGUACAGAUUGAUUUGUCGGUUGAUUCGUCUAGUGUUGACAUUGCCUGUUUCAACGGCUACUACAGAGAGAUCCUUUUCAGCAAUGAAACAUGUGAAGACUGAUUUGCGCAACAAGAUGGGCGAUGAAUUUCUUGCUGAUUGCUUAACUAUUUUCUUUGAGAGAGAGUAUGUUAUUGGUAUGGAUGAAGACUCAAUUAUUGACGAAUUUGCUAAAUUAAAAGACCGUCGUGUACAAUUGACAUUGUAA